GUCGCCCACCCCGUCAUGACCGCGCGGCGGCCGCAGGAGCCUGCGAGGCCUCCGGCCCGUCCCAAGCUGGGCUGUGUCUUCCGGCGCGUGGAGGACGCCUGGGAGAACAAGACUCUGCAGCUGGGCGCGCUGGGCCGCGGGGGCCCUCGGGUUGCCGAGCUCCACCCCAGGGCGCGCGGCGACUCCGAGGGACCCAGAGUCUGCCCCGCGGCCCCGCCAAGCCCCCGAGGGCAGACCAGCGAGGCCCAGGCCUGCGGCCCACAGCAGAGCGACCGCCUUCUCAUCAAAGGCGGGAAGAUCGUGAAUGACGACCAGUCCUUCUACGCCGAUCUGUACGUGGAGGACGGGCUGAUAAAGCAAAUCGGGGAAAACCUCAUCGUCCCUGGGGGCAUCAGGACCAUCGAUGCCCACGGCCUGAUGGUGCUGCCGGGUGGGGUGGACGUCCACACCCGGCUGCAGAUGCCCGUCCUGGGCAUGACCCCGGCCGAUGACUUCUGCCAGGGCACUAAGGCCGCGCUGGCCGGAGGGACCACCAUGAUCCUGGACCACGUGUUCCCGGACGCGGGCGGGAGCCUGCUGGCGGCCUACGAGCAGUGGCGGGAGCGGGCGGACGGCGCGGCCUGCUGCGACUACUCCCUGCACGUGGACGUCCCCCGCUGGCACGAGAGCAUCAAGGAGGAGCUGGAGGCCCUGGUCAGGGACAAGGGUGUGAACUCCUUCCUGGUCUUCAUGGCUUACAAGGACAGGUGCCAGUGCACCGACGGCCAGAUGUACGAGAUCUUCAGCAUCAUCCGGGACCUGGGGGCCGUGGCCCAGGUGCACGCGGAGAACGGGGACAUCGUGGAGGAGGAGCAGAAGCGGCUGCUGGAACUUGGCAUCACCGGCCCCGAGGGCCACGUGCUCAGCCACCCCGAGGAGGUGGAGGCCGAGGCCGUGUACCGAGCCAUCACCAUCGCGAAGCAGGCCAACUGCCCGCUCUAUGUCACCAAGGUCAUGGGCAGGGGGGCAGCCGACACGAUCGCCCAGGCCAAGCGCAGAGGGGCGGUCGUGUUCGGGGAGCCCAUCACCGCCAGCCUGGGCGCCGACGGCUCCCACUACUGGAGCAAGAACUGGGCCAAGGCCGCCGCCUUCGUCACGUCACCCCCCAUCAGCCCCGACCCGGGCACAGCGGACCACCUCGCCUGCCUGCUGUCCAGCGGGGACCUCCAGGUGACGGGCAGUGCCCACUGCACCUUCACCACUGCCCAGAAGGCCGUUGGCAAAGACAACUUCACCCUGAUCCCCGAGGGCACCAACGGCGUGGAGGAGCGCAUGUCCGUGGUCUGGGAGAAGUGUGUGGCCUCGGGGAAGAUGGAUGAGAACGAGUUCGUCGCGGUGACCAGCACAAACGCUGCCAAGAUCUUCAACAUUUACCCCAGGAAGGGGCGCGUGGCCGUGGGCUCUGACGCUGACCUGGUCAUAUGGAACCCCAAGGCCACGAAGAUCAUCUCUGCCAAGAGCCACAAUGUGAACGUGGAGUACAACAUCUUCGAGGGGGUGGAGUGCCGCGGAGCGCCCGUGCUGGUCGUGAGCCAGGGCAGGGUGGUGCUGGAGGACGGGGCCCUGUUCGUCACCCCGGGCGCCGGCCGCUUCGUUCCCCGGAAGACCUUCCCGGACUUCGUCUACAAGAGGAUAAAGGCACGCAACCGGCUGGCAGAGAUCCAUGGUGUGCCCCGCGGGCUCUACGAUGGGCCGGUGCACGAGGUGAUGGUGCCGGCCAAGCCGGGGGGUGGCACCCCGGCUCGAGCGUCCUGCACGGGCAAGAUCGCAAUCCCAGCCGUGCGCAACCUGCACCAGUCGGGGUUCAGCCUGUCUGGGUCCCAGGCGGACGACCACAUCGCCCGGCGCACGGCGCAGAAGAUCAUGGCGCCCCCCGGCGGGCACUCCAACAUCACCUCCCUCUCCUAGACGCCCGACCUCGGCAGGUGCCAUGCUGCGCGGGCAGACGCAGAGCUGGCUGCUGCCGCCCUCUGCCGGCGUUCCCUGUAGAAGCUGUUCUAGAAGGUGCUCGGCCUUGCCCUCCCCUCCCCCACGAGCUCUCCUUCCGGGGUCCCAGGUCCUCAUGUGAGGAGCCCCCCCUGAAGAGGGCAGAGUUUGGGGGAUUUCACUGCCAGGGCGAGGCGGCUGGACGCAGCAGGGAUGGCUGCGGCGGCCGGGCUGGGUGCUAGCAGAGGGCCCGCCGCCCGCAGGGACCCCGGGUGUGUCAGGGACCACGGGGACAACCGGGGGUCCCCCACUUCCAGGCCCUGAUGGCAGAAGCCCCACUUCCGCCAGCUCCCUGGAGGCGGGCGCGAGUGGACGGCAGGGGGCACGGGGGUGCCAAGACGCCAGGGACCCUCGGGUGGGGACACGUGUGCACGUUCCCUGGGACCAACCCUGAGCUCUCGUAGUAGCCCCUCUGCAGGGAAACGUCACGGCCCUUUAGCCGAGAUGCUCCUUUUAUUACAAAACGUGUAUUUCGAUAGGUUUAUAGAGUAGUUUUGUACGGCGAGGACGCCGCAGCCAGACCUUGUGCAUGCCACCCGGUGCGGGCGGUCGCCCCGGUCCGGUGCGAAUCGUGUCAAUUAAAGCCAUCGGGUUAGAAGCUG